AUGGGUUGGAUCAAGCCCCGUAAGCCGAAAGAGACCACCCCUCAGUACUAUGACCUGUGGGCCAAGGAGGACCCCAACGCCAUCCUGGGGCGCCACAAGAUGCACGUCCCUGCCCCCAAGAUGAGGCUGCCUGGACACGAGGAGUCCUACAACCCUCCGCCUGAGUACCUUCUCACAGAGGAAGAGGUAAAUGCUUAAUUCAUCACACAAUUCUUCAUGUGAAUAACCAUGGGGUUCAUAGUCUUUGUUAUAGUAUAAGUCGUUAUCAAUAAAACGUCACAAUAUGGUGCAGAGCGUUCGAUUUGACAACUGUGCCGUUUUCAAGGGACUGGUAAAUAGAUGUUACAACUAUUUGGCUUUAAUAUCAUCACCAUAGUCAGAACUACACAUUUCGGGUUAUUCCACAGUUAGCUCUAUCAGAGUUAUACAGCAAGUAACUGCAUGCUUUUCAUGAUCAUUAAACAUCAAUUGACCAUGUUUUUUCAGAUACGUGAGGGUAGCCUAUCCAUUUGGCAUGUAGCUAGCUAGCUAGCAAACAUUGUGUCAUUUAGCUUGCUUCAUCAGAGAUGAGGUUUUUGGGAAGAGUUUGACAACGGAAAAUCGUUGUCCUGGUAAAGUUGUCAGUCGGACUACUGUCAUCACCACUAUAGAUGGCAAGCAACUCAAACAAUUUCAAUAUAGCCACCUCCCGAGUGGCGCAGUGGUCUAAGGCACUGCAUCGCUGUGCCACUAGAGAUCCUGGUUCGAAUCCAGGCUCUGUCGUAGCCGGCCGCGACCGGGAGACCCAUGGUAAGUAAGUCACUAACUGUAAGUCGCUCUGGAUAAGAGCGUCUGCUAAAUGACAAAAAUGUAAAAUGUAAUCUAGUUUAUCCACUGAAAGUUGGCUAGUUAACAAGCCAUAUUGACGUGAUCUGUUAUUAGCUAGCAGCCAAUUUAAUGUGGUCCAUCAAUGUAGCCUAUCAUGUCUGUCAGCAGCAAUCAUGAUUAAACACUAUUAAAAACAAUGUUGAUAAUGUUAGCUAACUUCACUAGGUAGGCCUACAUUGGUUGGAGAAAAAAAUACAUUAGGUCUACUUACCACUAUGUUAAGCCAACUGUACAAAGUUUAUACCGGUAGCUAACAUUAUCAGCUAACAGUACAUCGGCAAAUGCGCCUUUCUGCAGCUUUACAGGCAGAUGCCACAAAGGAUGGGAAAUUAAUCUAAACCACUCAGGUAUAAUUCACUUUUAUUUGAUAUCACUCAAUAUCUAAUUGAUGGUGGCUAAUAUUGAGAGAGAUCGUGAGGCUAUCCUCACGUAUCUGAAAUUACAUGAUCAAUUGAUGUUUACUGAUCAUGAAAAGCAAGCAGUCAAUGGUUUUCACGGAGCAGGGGAUCUCCAAACCCCCCAGCAGGCAAAUUGAACGCUUUGCACCUUAUGGUGACGUUUUAUUGAUAACAACCUAUAUCAUUAUAGUUGAAGUCCCACUCUUGAAAUACCUUAACUUUGUCUAUAGUAAAUUGGCUUGCACUAUAUACUGUAGGCAUAGUAGCACAACUCUGUAGCAUAGAUCAACUGUAACAUUUCGUUAGUCCCUCAUUAGCUACAGUAUAAAGACCAAUCAUUCAUAACUUAUCAACCAGUCAUUAGUAUACAGACCAAUCAUUAACCAGUAUACAGACCAGUCAACAGUUUCAGACUAACCAUUGGUUCUUCCUCCCCCUGUCAGAGACUGGCGUGGGAGCAGCAGGAUACAGAGGACAGGAAGCUCCCGUUCCUCCCCCAGAAACACUCCUGUCUGAGGGCCGUGCCCGCCUUCUCCCGCUUCAUCCACGAGCGCUUCGAACGCUGCCUUGACCUUUACCUGUGCCCCCGCCAGCGCAAGAUGAGGGUGAGACUAGAGACCCCGCCUGAAUGUCUAGCUAAAUAGUUAAUAGUUAACCAUUUGCCGGUAUCAUUUUUAUAAUAGAGGGACUUUGUUGGUGUGCAUUAUGCAAAUAUUUGAUUUGAAGAUACUCAUAAGUAAAGCUAUGUGGCUCAUUUAGAAGGACCCCUAUAUUGUCAGAUCAAUUAGGUAAUUCUCCAUCGUGACUCAACUCUAUUCAUCUCAAUUGGUCUCCACAGGUGAAUGUGAAUCCAGAAGAUCUGAUCCCCAAGCUGCCCAAACCCAAGGACCUGCAGCCCUUCCCCACCACUAUGUCUCUGGUAGGUCAACCACUGAAUCUGAAUUUAUUGGAAAUGUACCUCAUGGGGCGAUGGGCCUAAAAAUGUAUGUUAAGUGGGCACAAAUCAUGAACUUAAUGAUGUGUCCUCUCAACAGGUGUACCGUGGCCACACAAGUCUGGUGCGCUCUAUCAGUGCGUCUCCCACUGGCCAAUGGCUGGUCUCAGGUAUGUGUUAA